CUUCUCUUUCGCUUUUCACCCGCGGCGCACAAUGAACAAUCCUUCGGACUCAACCGACCGAGUUACAAUAACCGGGAGAUCAAUUAACACGGAAGCCAGGCGAUUUGCAAGGCGAACAAAGAACAGCUCGAAACAAUCGAGAAGAAUGUCGCAGAGAAGAAACACGUUGGCGCGCGCGUACCGCAUUAUGAGCGCUAUAUCCGGUGACUUCGAGGGUUUCAAUUAGGCGGCCGUGAUCGAGUCGAUCAGAGCUCGUAACCAGCUUCGAGGAUCCAUCUUCAACGAUGAUGCUGAAGGAGGGACGCGACGGCGGCCACAAACGAAAUUGUUGUCCAACAAUAGAGAGAUCAUCGGGGAGCGAGCUCGAGAGACGAAAGAUAAGAGAAGAUCGUCGAGUCGUCCCAAACGUGUCGACCGAUUAAACCGAUAGCUCGGCUCGCUUUUCAUUCGUGAAUUUACGCUUCUGUGGCUGUGGGCCCCCGAGGGAAUAACGCGCAAUAACGUAAACUUGCGAACAUGGGGAAUGGCAUGAACAAGGUCCUUCCCGGCCUUUACGUCGGGAAUUAUCACGAUAGCAAGGAUGCAGACCAAUUGGAACGGUUCGAGAUCACACAUAUUCUGGCGAUUCACGACACGGCUCGCCGACUGCAUUCCGACAAACAUUAUCUGUGCAUAUUGGCGGCGGACAGUCCAGAUCAGAAUCUGUCUCAGUAUUUCUCCUUGUGUAACGAUUUUAUUCACGCCGCACGCCUACGCGGUGGAAACGUCCUAAUACACUGCUUAGCCGGCAUGUCGAGAAGCGUCACAGUAGCAGUGGCCUAUAUUAUGAGUACCACCAAUCUUUCAUGGAAAGAGGCACUUAAAGUUGUCAGAGUAGGUCGUUCCAUUGCCAAUCCAAACGUCGGUUUUCAGCAACAGCUGAAAGAUUUCGAAUCCAGCCGAUUGCACGAGGAACGACGUAGGUUGAAAGAACGAUUCCCAAGCCUGGCGCUCGCGGAAUCCGACGCAGAAAUAUGCCGCACUACUUUAAGAAAUUACGAAACCAUGGCAUUGGCACGAGAAGUGUGCGAGGGGAAAUGUGCCAUGGGCCGUCCUUGUCCGACUGGACUAUGUAGGCAACCUUCCAAAAGGUUUGUUAGUUCUUCUGUCUGUCAUCCUGUCCAACUUGAAUCCGUUUAUCAACGUCAGAUAACGUGCCCGUCGCGUACGAUCUCUCAUUUCCCUUUGAUAAGCCCAAGAAGAAAGCCAUCCACAGGCAGUACCAGCAGCUUAAAUACAGGCAGAACACCACCACAAACGCCAAGGAUGUUGCCAUCUGCACCGCCUUCACCAGCUAUGCACCGGUCGGCCAGCGUGCUCUCAACAGCGCGGCCAAGAAGCGGCCCUGCUGGUUUGCAUUAUUAUACCGGAGGAUCUGCGCCUCCUUCCAGGGCAGUGUCGAGAGUGGAUUUAUCGGCUGCAGUGGCUUGCAGCAGUAGUAGCACGAGUCUAACAUCGGUAGGCAGAUCGGGGAUGUCCAGUAGCAAUUGGCGAUUGGCGGCUGGAUCCGCACCGAACACACCGAGGCCAACGCCGCCGGUCUCCCCUCAACGUUGGCCAAGACGAGCCUCUACUCGACAAACGCCCGCCUUGCCGAUUUCGCCGGAAACUCCUUCGACAACGACGUAGCACUUACGGAACGUUGCUUCGUUCUCGACUUUGCCCGAGUAGCCUCGACGUUGAUUCAUUCGUUGAUUCCUGACCGCACACGUUAGCGCGCGAUCAUCGCUGAUGCCUGACGAACGCGUCACGUUAGCGUUUCGUUGCGAGCAUUGUAGAAACGUCGAGUGAGAAGUAUUGAGAAAUUUUUCGAUAACGGAGCAAGCACUCGGAAGAUCGAAACUUAAGUUAAAACGCGAAACGAUGCCCUACGAUCAUGCGACUUCUUCUAAAACAGUCUUUCAGCGAGCUGCAUCAAACCACGUGGACGCAAAGAUGCUUUAAAUAACGUACGACAUUUGGAAAUCAAGUCGUUUCUGAGUACUUUUACCUGGCCGAUACAGCGAGGAAGCUAAACGAUAAACUUUAUUACAAAUAAUUCAUCGGUCGAGAAAGUUUGAGAAUGCUUGUUUUAUUGAUUGUAUAAAUGAUUAAGAAGGGGGAAAUCUAUGCCAGCUAAUAUAACGUUACAUGUUCGUAACGUCGUGUUAUUUGUACAUUAAUUAAAACGUCACGCGCGAGAAAUCGCACAAUGCACUUUCUUUUUUCUUGCCGAAAAGCGAGCCGAAAUUUGACAAUGAGCGGAAAACUGAAUGCUUGAGCAUCGACGCAAAUGUUUAACCGAUGCGACGCGUAUAAUGAUUUGAAACGCGCGUGACAGCGAUCAUCGACAAUCUUGCGUACUAGAAUUCUUGUUAAUUAACGUUUUUUUAAGGCGUACGAUGAAAGUUAUUAUUUACGACGAAGCUAAUAUUACGACAAGAGUAAUUCUUCGUUUCAAGAGAACUCGAGAAGGAAGGAAAAUUUACUCGUAGAGAUAUCUCGAUUACUUUCCAAACAGUAUCGUUACUAUACAAGAGAAAGAAGAAGAAAAAAAAAAUGGUAGUUAAAUUCGCUGUUAGAAGUACAGAAAAUCGUUGCGAGUAACAUAAUCCCAUCAGCAAAUUCACGUCGGUCGAUUGUUACAAUAUACACUGGGCAUCAGUGUUUCGUUUAAUUCACUCACAAUCAGCUGAACGAUUUCAACGAUAGCGUACGGAAUUUUGUUACGGCGCGUUUUUUUUUUUUCUCCCCCCGAUCGCGAUGAAUCGCUUUGAAUCAUGAGAAAAAUUCGUCGUUCCCCUUUCAUUAUUCAGUCAGUGCUUGACCGCGAUGUUCGAUGUUUGCGUUCAAGAUUUCUAGAGGUACAAUUUACAAACGUUAGGGAAAACAAAAAAAAAAAAAAAAAAAAAAAAAAAAAAGAAAUGAAAAUGACAACCGGCCGUUUUGAGGGAACACGGUGAACAACUUAUCGCCAUAAUACCGAGAGAUGAUGUCGUUCAAGAAAUAUCUCCAAUUCGAACGAAACAGCGAGAAGAGCAAAGAAGAACGCGAGCCGUUGUUCCUCGAAUCGUUCCAUUGAGUUUGUUCGCAACCGUCCAUUGUAGUUGUUGGAUUUGUAGCGAAAAACCACGCUGUUUAGCGCAAGUUGUUAAUCCAAAGGGAAGCAUAUUACAUAUAUACGCGCAUACGCAUGUAUUUCAAAUUGGUGCGCCGAUGAAAGUAUUUUAUGCACACUCUGCUAGACCGUCAACUGUGAUUGAAAGGUGAUUUAUCUUCUCAACGCUGGUCGUGUCAAAGAGGAGAAGAGGAGAAAAGGAAAAAAAGGAUAAUUUCUCCAUUAGUCGCACAAUAUUAUUCGAAUGACACAAUGUGUGUUACUCGAUUUCAAGCGCACUCCCAGACAACUUUCUUUUUGAAGUGCAAACGAAAGAGAGGGAAGAGAAACGGACGUAUAGAUACACGCGAAUUAGUGUUAAGAGCGAAUUAGUGUUAAGAGCACAGAGUCUCUUCAUUGUGUGCAUAAAAUUCUACAUAUCAUCGUACACCCUGUAUGCAUAUACACUUUGUAGGCAUACGUUGUUGCAAAAGGAUUUCAGAAAAUUUUAUAACUUGUUGGCAAAUGGUGAUUAUUAUGCGACUAUGUCGUAGAUUAGAUAGACAAGUUGUUAUUCUUUCGUGCACCGACGUACGAUUGCACACGACGAGUGAGAAAGAGAGAGAGAGAGAGAGAGAGAGAGAGAGAGAAAGAGAGAGAGAGA